AUGCUGAAGAAAAUCCAGUUGUGUCUGUGUGCCAUCUUCUUCUUUGCAUUUGGAAUAUUUUACCAGCUGUACCAGGAUCCUGGUUGUGUCUUCUCUUGCAAACCUAUUUCAAAACAUUUAUUGACACCUAAAGAUGUCAUGUCCCGGGGCAGAAGCAUCAUAUUUCUAGAGACAACUGAAAAUUUGCAGCCUUCUCCAUUAGUUUUAUGUUCUGUAGAAUCUGCUGCUAGAAUAUAUUUAGAUAGGCCCAUCAUUUUCUUAAUGAAAGGAUUGGACAAUAAUUCAAUGACACAUUUUGCAUCUUCUUGCCCAUCUCUCUCUUUUUUAUAUGCUAUGAAGAAUGUUUAUAUUUUCCCACUGAAGUUGAACAUUUUGUUCCAGGACACACCUUUGCUCCCCUGGUACCUUCAGGUCAAUGCAAUACAGGAAAAAUACUGGGUCUAUGUUCUAGCUGAUGCAAUCAGGCUUGCAAUGGUAUGGAAAUAUGGUGGAAUAUAUAUGGACACAGAUGUAAUUUCCAUGAGACCCAUCCCAGAGACCAACUUCCUGGCAGCCCAGUCUUCCCAGUGCUCCAGCAAUGGGAUCUUGGGUUUUCAACAGUAUCAUCCGUUCCUUUGGGACUGCAUGGAAGAUUUUGUUGAAAACUACAAUGGAGACAUUUGGGGAAAUCAGGGACCUGAUUUAAUAACAAGAAUGCUCAAGAAGUUAUGCAAUCUCACCAAUUUUGUAAACACAGAAGAUCAGAGAUGUCACAACAUUUCCUUUUUGAACCCCCAACGUUUCUAUCCCAUCCCCUAUGGACUUUGGACAAAGUACUAUGAAGUGUGGGAUUCAAGACCAGAGUUUAAUUACUCUUAUGCUUUGCACUUGUGGAACUAUAUGAACCAAUAUCAGAAGGAAAAGGUCACUGUUGGAAGUAAUACACUGGUGGAAAACCUGUUCAGAACAUAUUGCCCUACCACUUACAAGAGUCUCGUUCAAGCUGCAAAACAAAGUGAGCAUUUGUUUCAAAAUGAGACUAGGUGAUGAAUUCUGACAAAACUGACAUGUGUGACUUUACAAAUUACAAUACUUAUGUUAAUUAGACUCCCAAAUGAAACACCUUUUAGAACCAGACAAUUUUUAAUCCAACAGGGGUAUAGAACAUGAAUGGAUUUACUGUGAGCAA